UAAUAAUUCUUCUCUUUCUGUCUAAUUUCCAUUUUUAUUUCGUCCAAAAUAGUAGACAUACUGUAACCGUUAGAAAAAAAAAUUACAUUUGUUGUCUUUUAUUCUAUACUUUGCUAUAAAGAAAAAAAGAAAAUAGUGGUCUUUUUUUUUAUAGAUAAAAAGAACAAAAUAGGCUUAUACAGAGUAGAUUCAUGUACAGUCCAAGACUUUUCUACCACUGUUGUUUCAAGGUUAAAAGUGUGUGAGAGUACAGGAGACUUAAUGAUGGUCAUGAAGAUAAGCAAUGAUGGUAAUCUGGAAGACCAUAUGCAGCAAUUACCUUUAGGAGACUUGGAUCUUAAGACAAUCACAGGCACCAUUUUACGUUUAGCAGCCAACUUGAUCGAUUUACACAAAGCUGAAUUGUGUCACCGCAAUGUUCAUCCACGCAACAUCAUGUGUACUGACAGUGAUUAUUUUUUGGUCGACUAUCGAUUCUCCACCUCAUCCAAAGAGUCAUCGUCAGUGACUGCGCUAACAAAGGCUGUCUGUGAUCGACUGCCUUACAUUGCUCCUGAGGUCAAAAGAGGAAUAUACACAGAGAAGUCAGACAUAUAUAGUUUGGGAGUGAUUAUUUGGCAAUUAGUCAGUAAAGUCAUAUUUGCUUCUCCUGAGAUGUUGCUUGAUGACGCUCAUAAACAUCGUUUCUCACACAACGUGUACCGUAUUGAGCCUGUACCAGGAUUGCCUGAUUGUUAUCAACACCUUUAUGUAUCAUGUUUAGAGCCCGACCCAGACAAUAGACACACAGCAGUACAAAUAUUUCAAGUACUACAACCUAUUCAUGAUAGUCUACAAAACACAGUGCCUUUGAAAAGAGAAUUGACGGAAUAUAUUAUGGCUCGACGAGCAGAAAUAGCAGAUCAUACAAGAAUAUAUUUAAAAGUAAAAGGAGGGAAACCUUCUAACUCCACAACAAGGUUGUACACCCUGACUAACUUGCCAAUAAUAGAACACUUUAUUAUACUUCCCUUUACUCAUACUUCAUUUGACGCGUCAAGAUAUCGCGUCAAUCCUGGACCUUCAUCAACCAAUGAUCUUUUUACAGAUUUAGAACCUACAUCGCAUUUGUUAGUGUAAUAAUGUGAUACGCGUCUAUUUGUGAUAUGUAUUUAUUUUUUUUUUUGACACAAUAAGCCACUUUGAGAGCGUCUCUUUCAUAACAUACACGUUUAAGAUAGAAGCAAUAAAAACCCAUCCCUUUUUGAAA